UCCAAAUGGCUCCCUACGAGGCUCUUUAUGGUAGGAAAUGUCGUAGUCCUACUUUCUGGAGCGACAUAAGUGAUUCGUUGGUGUUGGGACCCGAUCUUAUCCAAUCUACUAUAGAUAAGGUCAAAGUUAUUCAAGCAAAGAUGAAGGCUGCCCAGGAUCGACAAAAGUCUUAUGCCGAUUUGAGUAGGAGACCUAUUACUUAUGAUGUUGGGGAUAAGGUGCUUUUGAAGGUGUCCCCAAUGAAGGGAGUAAUGAGAUUUGGUGUGAAGGGCAAGCUCAGCCCUAAGUAUGUGGGUCCUUAUGAGGUACUUGAGAGGAUUGGUGAAGUGGCUUAUAAGUUGGCUUUGCCAGUCGAGCUAUCUAAGGUUCACAAUGUGUUCCAUGUCUCUCAGUUACGGCGUUAUCGAAGUGACCCUUCGCAUGUUAUAGCCGUAGAGUCGGUAGAGGUCAACCCUAAUUUGACUUUCGAGGAGAAGCCAGUCAAAAUCCUUGAUCGUCAGGUACGUUCUCUGAGGAGAAAGGAAGUGCCAUUAGUGAAAGUUUUGUGGCGUAGUCAAAAGUAUGAACAAGCCACCUGGGAAACUGAGGAGUCAAUGCGACUUAAGUAUCCCGAGUUGUUUGUAGCCGAACAAAGUUGUUGCAGGUGAUGAUUGAAUUCACUCGGAGCGACUGGGGAAUAAGACUGAGAGAUGUAGGGUUACCUAGAACAUUAAGUUGAAGUUUAGAUGUUUUAUUUAUUUUUGUUUAUGGGAG